ACACGCAGACGAACUAAGCUAUAAUAUCCCCCAAAGGACGUAUUACUCCUUGUCAAUUAAUUAGCCCCUUCCCGGAUCGAGCCAUGGCCGACAAGGAUCAGACAAGGCCGUUAGCAGCGACGGAGGAGAUCCCUGUUAGCAGCGACGGAGGUGAGGCCGAGGCACACCUUAAGAAAACCCGCCGCAAAAGAUGCAUCAUCAAAUGCUGCGGCUGCGUGACGGCCAUCCUUCUCAUCCAAGCGGUGGCCAUUGUAAUCCUGAUCUUCACCGUGUUCCGGGUCAGGGAUCCCGCGAUCAAGAUGAACCGAGUCACAGUCACAAGGCUCGAGCUCAUCAACGGGACAGUCCCAAAGCCUGGGGUCAACAUGUCGCUCGUGGCGGACGUCUCUGUGAAGAACCCGAACUACGCAUCUUUCAAGUACCAGAACACCACCACCACGCUCUACUACCAUGGGGCGCUGGUUGGGGAGGCUCGGGGCCCGCCUGGGCGGGCCAGGGCGAGGCGGACCAUGAGGAUGAACAUCACGGUGGACAUAAUCACGGACAGGUUAAUCUCCAGCACGUAUCUGAGCGCGGAUGUCAGGUCAGGGAUCCUGUCCAUGAGCAGCUAUUCAAGGAUUCCUGGGCGGGUGAAGAUGAUCGGUAUCAUCAGGAAGUACGUUAUCGUGAAGAUGAACUGCAGCAUGACUGUCAACAUUUCGAGCCAAGCAAUUAAGGAGCAGAAAUGCAAGCGGCGUGUCGAUCUCAACUUCUAGCCCGGGAUGAUCGAGUUACGUAGAGGGUCCAGUAUAUUCCAAUAGAUUUGGAAUUGGAACUGAUAUGCUAUGCAGGGUAACUGAAUUUUUUCUUUUGUAUCUUUUUUUUUUCCUCCCCUUUUCUCCAUGGAUUUCCUUAACACAUGGGUUCAGGUCACUCAGACGAGGCAAUACGUAAUUCUGUACUCUUCUGCUCUAGUAUUUAUCAAAUUAAAUUCUAGAAAUUAAAAAUAAUGUAAAGUUCCAAGCGAGUAUGAAUGAUACAGACGAAAAUGCAUUGUUACACAUAA